CUAUUUUUCCCCUUCACGCUUACAUCAACAACACUAGUUAAACAAUUGCGUCAAUCGCAGGGCACCGAAUCAAAUAAAAGUGAUGAUUGUAAACUAAACGACGAAAAAUAUAGUAAAAUAAUUAAAACUGAUGAAGUACACGUUUAUGAAUGCACAUAUCUACGUAGAAAAAUGAUGUUGUCGAUUGAGAGUCUAUUUUAAUUAAUAAUAACAGAGGAGAAUAAUUCAGAGAUAAAUAUAAUUUGUCAGUUUAAUAGAAAGAGAUAAUCAUCUCUCGUUGAUAAUUGAUAAGUGACUGACUGAUUGCCAUUUCAUUUUUUGCCUGAGACUGAUAGAACUGUAAUUAUUAUCAAGUGAUAAAUCCUGAGAAGGGAGACAACGUUGCAUUUUCAAUAAAAGGACAGCAUUCGAAUAUUGUCAGAGGCUAGAGAGAAAAACAAAUAUUAAAUAAAACAAGUUGCAAAAUGUACGAAGGAGGAAUGGCUACUGACCAUCAGAUUUCCACCCUCGUCUCGCACAGAGAACGGCCACUAUGCUCCGACCGGAGUCUUCGAGCCGUUGCGAGGGUUGGACAGGCGGUCAAUCUUGCCGUCGAAAGAUUUGUUACUGUUGGAGAAACAAUCGCAGAUGACAAUCCUGAAAUCAAGCAGACUAUGUACGAAGCAUGCAAAGAGGCAAGGAUAGCUGGUUCAACAAUAGAGAAAUUAUGCGAAUGUGCAAUGGAAGACAGCCUGGCCGACAGGGGAUCAGUAGUACGAGCAGCCCGCUGCCUCCUGGGCUCAGUAACCCGUGUUCUACUGUUAGCUGACAUCGUAGUUGUGAAACAGCUACUCCUCGCCAAAGACAAAGUGGCUCGCAGUCUCGGUAGACUCGAGAGUGUCUCAAAUUUUACGGAAUUCGUGAAAGCAUUCAGUCAGUUUGGAGCUGAGAUGGUCGAGUUGGCUCAUCUAACUGGAGACAGACAGAACGAUCUAAAAGACGAGAGGAGGAGAGCACAGAUGGCAGCGGCGCGGCAAGUACUUGAGCGGAGCACAAUGAUGCUUCUAACAUCCAGUAAAGCUUGCUUGAGGCAUCCCGAGUGUCCAUCAGCCAAAGAAAACCGUGACACUGUAUUCUGUCAGAUGAGACGAGCUAUGGAUUUAAUUCACUACGUUGUCAAGGAUGGUGUACUUGACUGCAGUGAAUCACAGUCGUACUCAAACUCUCAGAACCCUCAGCAGCAGGAUUGGGAUAGUAGCACUGUUUGCUCAGCCUUAAAGCACUUUGAACGUCUGGUGGAAACGACUAGGAUGACGCUAAUGGUCCCUGGAUGUAGGGAUACGUUAACAUCAGCAUUGGAUACUGUAGUGGAAAGGACGCAAGACUUCACUGAUAGUGCUUACACGAGUCAUGAGCAUAGAGAGAAUAUUUUACUUCUCUGUGAUCGAGCGAAACUUGAGCUCAAUACGUUGUUGAGAGUUGGAAACAGCAUGCAAAAUUUUGAUAAUGCCCCUGGAUCUCCGAAUUUCGAACUGGAACAGGCAGUCCUAGGUGUUCUCAGAGCCACUAGGGACCUCAGACAGCAAUUAGUUACGACCACAAUGGAACAAGCUGGUGAUCUCGGUCAAGUGACCAAAGCUGGACAGGAACUGGUCGCCACAAUCAGAAAUUUGGCCCUUGCCAGCGAAAUUGAUCGACUCCAGGAGAGCAGUGAUCGCUUUCACGAGUAUCUCGAGCAUAUUCUCGAAGUAUGCAAACUACUUAGGCAUAUUGCUCUAUCAGAGUCACUGCAGGUCUCGGCUAAGUUCACGGAGAUUAAUCUCAGGAUUUAUGGACCACAAGUGGUAACAGCUGCACAUACACUAGCGAGAUAUCCAACGAGCAAAAUUGCUAAGGAAAAUCUUGAAGUUUUUGCUGAUAUGUGGCAGUGGCUAAUGUCAGACGUGACAACAGUAGCUAAAGAUGUAUUAGAAUUGAGUCAGAGCAGACCAGAAAAGCAAGUCUACAUGUCUCUACCUCGGCCAGGUAAACACGGAACAACAAGUAAACCAUUAAAACCAGUCCGUUUAGACAGCGAGGAACAAGCAAAAAUUGCAAAAGCUGGACUAGAAAUGAAGCUAAUAACAUCUGAAAUGGACGCAGAGACUGAGAAAUGGCAGGAAAGUGGUUCUGUUCUAGAGGAAAAUAACGAUAUUGUGAAAAGGGCAAAAAAUAUGUCUUCCAUGGCCUUCUCCAUGUACCAGUUUACACGUGGUGAAGGUGCACUUAAGACUACCCAGGAUCUCUUCACGCAGGCUGAAUACUUCGCUGAAGAGGCUAACAGAUUGUACAAAGUCGUCAGGCAAUUCAGUUACCAGGUACCAGGUGGGACUCAUAAAAAAGAUCUUCUCGAAAAUUUAGACCGAGUGCCCACUUAUGUCCAACAACUCCAAUUCACUGUUAAAAAUCCAACAGUUGGAAAAGCAGCGACAUUCACUAAAGUGGAUAAUGUCAUACAGGAAACGAAAAAUUUAAUGAAUGUUAUAUCGAAGGUUGUCACCACCUGUUUUGAGUGUGCAACAAAGUACAAUCUGGAUUUCCGAGGUUUAUCAGCUCGGGGACCUGGUGGUUCACCGUACAGGGGCGACGGUUCAGGGGCUGAUGGAGAUGGUACUGGGGUAGGUGCUGAUGGCACCAAGAGUGGAUCAGCACCCGGUAGCGAUCCGUCUGUCUGACAGUUUGGGAUGGCCAGAAGGGCCAAAGGAGAUGCGCGUCGUACUCGUGUUUCAUUUUUACUUUUUUAAAUAGUAAAAAUUGGGAAGUCCUUGAGUUUUUUCCCAGAACCAUUUAUUAAUAUUUCAAAGCCCAAAAGGAUUGCUUGAAAAUACAAUAAUCGUAAAGCAUGCUAAAGAUCGAAAUCAUGAGCAGGAAUUACUUGAAUUCCAGGGUUUUGAAUAUAUUUAAAAUUAUUUUUGGAAGACUUUGGAUUUCUGAAAUGUUGAAAAAUGAAAUUUUGAUUGAAAAUGAUUAAAAAUAAUGAAAAUGUAUGCAAGUACGAACCAGGGAAGCUUUCAAGGCUCGAUGGGUACUAUAAACUCAAUUUCUAAUGCGAAAAAAGAAAGAACGAAAUAUUUUUUUUUAAUAAAUUUAUUAAGGAUUACUAUAGCAUGGUUAGAUUGGCUAGUUAGUUGACUUAUUUUUAAUUUCGUCUCGACGAGCAGGUGGGACUAGUGUAAAUUAGUCCAUGAACUUUUUUCUGAGAGCAAUCGUCGGACCUAAGCUGUGUAGUUAGUCUGUAUUUUUUAAAUAAAAUAAAUCCGAAAAGAAAUUAUAUUCAACGUAAAAAAAUCAAUUUCUACUUAACUUCAAUUUGUGAUAAAUAAAUUGGGAAGGGAAGUUUACAAUUCGAUGAUAAAAUGAUCCUAAAAUGAACAAUUUCGUUGAAGAAUAAUUUUUCUGAGGGCAAAAUGAAAUAAAUUCAGAUAAUAAUGAAUGACGAAUCAAUCACUGUCUGAAAUACGUAAUUUCAUCAUAAACAACUUUGAUAAACAUGAGUGUGUAUACAUAAUGGAAAAUAACUCCCCAAGAAAAGAUGAAAAACCCUAGAAUGAACAGAUCAGAUAAUUCCUUUUUCAAUGAAUGCUAUGUAAAUUUUGAUGUCUCUAGAAUUUGUUCAAUAAGCAAGUAACAGUAAACGUUUCAUACAAAAAAUGAUAGUCUGAGCAUCUUACGAGAAUAAGCAUAAAAAUAACUCAAUGAAUAUGAGAGAAUUAAUUCGUAAAAAAACAGUUAGUGGAAACGUUGAACAUCAAUGAAGUGCUCAAGAGAUGUUCUUAGCAAUUAGGAUCUGUUCCACGUCUUUUUUUAAUUUACGGAAUCGGCCAUGAUAAAUAGUGAUUGAGUUUUAAAUUCCAAUAUUGAGUAAUUUAAUUGAGUGAAAUUUGUGGUGGAAUGAAACAUAUGUUACUUAGCUUUUCUCGUGGGAACAAAUUCAAAAUCAAAUUUAUUCCGCGAAUUUGUUCAUAUUUUCAUCUUUAAACAUUUGUAAAAAGAAUAAUUUAUUUUUUUAUUUUAUUUCAGCACAAAAUUAAUUUUAUUGAGCAAAUAAUUUGACGAAGCAUCCAUUAAAUCGUGACUUCUUAUACUUCAAUCAUAAGGGCUACAAUAAAUACGCACACUCGUAAAUCAACCUAAAAUACCAACAAUUCUCCUUCUAUUUUUAUCUCUCGCUUAAUGUGAAUUGAACAAGUUUACUCUCAUUAACACGAAUGCCUCUCCCCAAAUAACUUCAGCAAUUGUCCCUCAUAUUUGCGCGUUAUUUAUCUUUAUGAAUGAAUUUCCAGUGGUCUGUAAAUACUUCCAUAAUUACAAUCAGUUAUCAACCCUUAAUUAUCCGCAGGUCUAAUGCGGUGGUGAUAAUGUCACUGAUAAUAUUAUCUCCAUUUUUAUUCAGUAAUUCUGCUAUUCGUGACACGAUCACUCGGGAGAACAAUUUCAACUCUGUAGUUUUCGGUCCAUUCGGUUUUUUUAUUUAGAGGUAAUCGAUUUUCCAAGAGAAUUCUUCCCGUCCAAAUUUCAGCCAAUAGAAUUCCACUAUUCGACUGUUAUUUUAUAUAGUCGACACAAUA